GCAGAUGCAACCUGGAGGAGAAUGCUAAUCUGGAGAAAAAAAAAAAAAAAAGGUUCCCUUUCAAACUGCAGCAGUUUUGUGGUUUGCUCCUCCCAAAAGAGUGUUUGUUCAUGGUGCCUCACUGAACAGCAGCCUGUUACAAUAACCCUGCUGCAACCACAGUGCCCGGCUCAGCAACCUCUGACUAUGGUAUGAAGCUGCCAAUCUUGCGGUCCAACACAGAGGAUCAGAUUCUGUACCAGACUGAGCGUUACAACGAGGAGACCUUUGGGUAUGAAGUCCCCAUCAAGGAGGAGGGUGACUACGUUGUGGUGUUGAAGUUUGCUGAAGUCUAUUUUGCACAGUCCCAGCAGAAGGUGUUUGAUGUGCGCUUGAAUGGCCACGUGGUGGUGAAGGACUUGGACAUUUUUGACCGAGUUGGACAUAGCACAGCUCACGACGAGAUCAUUCCCAUCAGCAUCAGAAAGGGGAAGCUGAGUGUCCAGGGAGAGGUUUCCACAUUCACAGGGAAGCUCCACAUUGAGUUUGUCAAGGGAUACUAUGACAAUCCGAAAAUCUGUGCACUAUACAUCCUGCAAGGAACAGUGGAUGACGUUCCAAAGCUGCAGCCUCACCCUGGCCUGGAGAAAAAGGAGGAUGAGGAAGAUGAAGAAGAAUACGAUGAAGGCUCCAGCGUUAAAAAACAGGCCAAUAAGAACCGGGUUCAGUCAGGCCCCCGGACACCAAACCCCUACGCCUCGGACAACAGCAGCCUCAUGUUCCCUAUAUUGGUGGCCUUUGGUGUCUUCAUUCCUACCCUCUUCUGCCUUUGCCGGUUGUGAGGGCAAGCCCCAUGCAGAGAUGCAGUGGCAGGGGCCGCAGGCCAGGAGGAAAGGAGUCGGACCAGAUGCGGUUGCUUUCAGUUUCUCCAUAUUUUUCAUAAUUUAAGGGAAAAAAGUUCAUUUGGAAUGAACGGCAGGUACAGGUAAAGGGGGGAGUUUGCCUUCCCCCAGCCAGCGAGCAGCGAGGCCUUCGCUUCCCCUGUUGCACCAUAAGCAGCAUCCCUUCCUCUUCGGGGCACUUGAGAUUAAACUGGAUUCUUGCUGUCUGUCUGGGCUGUAGGAAGCUGAUGCUGGCGAAUUUUGGUCCAUAUCCCGCACGGAGAGGAAGCUGCAUGAUCCAAAUGCUGUACCCUUAUCCAGGUGGAUAAUUGGUCCCAGCUUAAGAAGCUAAGCAGGGAAGCACUCUCUGAAUGUUGCCUGGAAAAACAGCCUUUGAAGUGAGAUCUGGAUGUGUGCUUUGGUCAGAAGUGUGCACAGAUGUUCUGGUGCCUUUGGGUGACUAACAAUUAUGGGAAAAAGAGACUGGCUUUUCCACAGCUACCUGAAUGUGUGUAACUAAAUGCACGAUACUUCUCUGUCCUAAAGAUACACAGGCUCAGACUUGCUGAUGGGUCUCCAGGAAAGGUUCCAACUUUAGAGUGAGUUGCAAAAAGAGCUGAGGGGAUUAUUCGGCCUGAUUUUCUGCACCAGUUGGGAGAGACUUUCCUAGUUUGAUAAUUGUGUAAUGUUAGAUCGUUGCUGCAGGGGUUCUGCUGUGACCUGCAAUAGGCUGGCUUUUUGCUGCAGUGUCUCUGCCCCAGAUGUGUUUGGUUUCUAUAUCAGUUGUGGCUUUUAUUUCCUUUUAAAUAUUUUUCUUCACAAUGGCUCACUUCAAUCCCUAUCCCAUCUUGCCCUCUCUAGUGUACAAUGUCUCGCCUGGAGGGGCUGAGAACCAGGUGACCAAAAAAAAUGGAGGCUCUGAGCCCCCAAUGCUUGUGUAUCCCUGCUAUGAUCAAUAGUCUGGCAGCCAUGAGACAGAGCAGUGCCACCCUUCAAGUACUUUCCAAUGACCCUCUAAUCCUUCUGCAUCAGCUGCAUUGAUCUGAUUCAGUCUGCAGUAAUGUGAGAUUGAAGUCUGUAUCUACCAUUAACUAUCUUGCAUAGGCUUUGGAAUAUCAGGAUGUGCCUAAGAAUUAGAUGCUGGCAAGUGCCAAGGAGCCCAGCCUCUCAGUCCUGUAGGAUGAGCAUGUCCAUCCAUUGUGGAGAAUCUGAAAUAGAUGGAAACUGCUGUAGAUCAGUCUGGUCAGCUUCCGUGGUCACCUGAUGAUAGGUCUGAGCUACCCUGUUCACUUUCCCCCACUGUUAGCUUAGCAAGUGGACUCUGGACCUGCAUGAAGAGCAUGUGUUCUCUGAGUGGGGUGGCAGGAGAGGCUGCUUCACUCUGGAUCUGAGUCUGGUGUAAUCAGGAGAGCAGUGUGGAAAACAAAAGCCUGCAAUGUGGAAUCCACACACUCUUCCUGAUCUGAAACUGGAGGUCCUUGGGCAGCUGGCAUCAGUUAAGAUCUGAAUCUGCAAGGUGCUGAGCAGCUUCAGUUCCCAUUGGCUUAUGGGAAUUGGCUGCACUCCCUUCCUCACAGGAAGUGCCCAGCACCUUGUACAGCCAUUGUAAAGGGUAUUCUUUGGAGCUUAAGUCUUGAGGCACCAGCCUUGUCAGCUUUCAUUCUAAUAACAUUCAUCCUCUGGAUCCUCAGGGCAGAAUUCUCUUUGCCUUGGGCUAAAUCUGUUUCUUCUGAAAAGCAUCUCAUCUGCUUCAUACCAUGUAGCUUGACUAAGUAAUCCCCCUGCUGCUCCUGCCUGGAUUCUGACUUUUCCUAUCAAUUGCUUUUGAGCACACUUGUAUGUAGCUGCUCAACUCACACCUGGCCUUUAGAUAAGCUACACAGAGCCUCUUGGUGAAGGGUCAGCAGAGCUCUGAGUAGUCCAUUUACAGCAGCUAAGGCAUUUACUUUCUUCCUAUUAAAUUUUCAAGCUGUGGAAAGUGUUGCCCAGCCAUGAUUGCCAAGACAGGAGCUAGGGGCACUGUCAGAACAUUGGUCCCCAAAGCAGCCAUGUUUCUGAGCAAGUGCAUUGCUGCUUUGUGUUUAACCAAAAUUCUGACUCUGUAAGUCUAGUGCAGAAUAUAGGAUCCAACUGAGCUUUCUCCCAUUGCUACUGUCUGUCACUAAUGCACACACAAGCAGUUCAGUUGGUAAAACGGUCAGAGAAUGCUUUACCAUAAUAAAAAACCUACCCACGAGGAGAAGGCCAGCAGUAGAUCUCCAGAGCAAGCCAAGCUCUGAAACACUGGGAGGCCUGGGACUAGCAGCUUCAUUCAGCUGUGUCUUCCUGGACACUUAUCACUCCUAAAUGCUUAUUUUUUUUUAAUGUAUGAGUCAAUUAAAAAGUUGUAUUUUGAGGACAUUUUUUAUUCCGAGCGGCAAUGCCUGAAAAAUUUUGUCUAACCUUAUGAUUUCCCUGGAUCUCUUUGGCCAUUAUCUGAUCACUCUAACACACUAGAACAGCACAGGGUUUGGAACCUUAAUCAAAUAGCAGGAACUUCUUGGGUUCAGCACAAACUGCCCCGAUUCAUUAGACGAACCAAGAACUUGAUCUUGAAAACAACAAGCCUACCAAUUGGGGAGUGUGCUCUUCUCUUCCCCUGAGAUGCCAGCAUUUCUUAGAGACAAGUCUCCUUCUGCACCUCUCAGUCCCUGCACCUUGCACAGCUUGAGCUCAAGGGCCCACAUCUAGGAUCGUAGGAGUUAGAGACGGAUGAGGCCUGUUAGAUUAGUCCACUCCUCUGCAAGGCCAUGGUAGCUGAUCCUCUUCUCUCUCCCCCCUGCACCCUCCCCUUUCUGAUAGUAGCAAUACACUUGCUCUGUGCUGGACUCCCACCUGAGGAUGAAGCAGCGUGUCUUUAGGGGUAGCUGGCACAGCAUUCGGCUUCUGCUGUGUGUUUCAGCCUAUGUUUCUUGAAUAAAACUAAUUCAGUUUAUUUAAUUUUUUUAAAAAUGGAAUAUUUUUUGCUCUGUUUACCCAUAACUUGGUUAUCAAGCCUUAUCUUCUGCACUAGGGGUGUGAUACUCACAUGGGUGUGGGCUCCCUCCCUUAGCUGCUUGCUGGGUCUCCUGGCCCCAUGAUGGUACUAUAAUAAAGCAAUUUUCCUUUUUGCUUUCCUGUUCCAACCCUUCCCUUCCUGGCAGCUUCGGACUUCGCUUGAAGGAUCCUUUUGAGACAAACGAAACACCUGCUUUAUUUUAUUUUAUUUUUUUUUAAAUAAGGACUCUUGAAGGGUUGGGGUUGCGGGGGUGUGUGUGUGGUGGUUGGAGGGACCCAUCCAACAUAUGAAUGGAUAUUGAGGUCUGAUUAUGGCUUGCUUUUGCCUAGAUCUCUUCUUAGCUGCAUCUGCAUUUCAGCUGGUUAAGACUGGCAAGAGGUACGCAGCUCAGGGGUGGUGGUUUAGGGCUACUUUAUUUUUCUGUUGUUGAUAUGUUGGAAUAUCUUAUCAUUUAGCUGUUGUCUUUCACUGAUGUUGGUUUCAAUUUGUAUUUAGGGAUUUGAGCAAAUUCAACAGUGUGUCUAGGCCUGUAACUAUUAGUGCAGUGUUACUUGUGAUGUUACACUGAACCUACAUCCCUUCAUUGGGGACCCCUAAAUCAGCAGGUGAGACUGCUGCAUGGCGGAAAUGAGUGGAGAAUCAGUGAUUGCUUCCAUGACACGCUUCAAACUCUGGCUGUCUGUUUGCCUUUGGAACAUCUGGGCUGCUGUUCUGCUUCCAUAAAGGAGGAGCUUUUCCACAGCCUUACGCUCUGUUAGUCUAUAAUGCAGGCCAGUGCCCUGGGGUUAGGAGACCAGUUAGAAACAACCAAGGUAGUGUAAAAAUUCAGUAUCACAAACAAAACAGCAGCAGGCAAAUACAGACCUGGUUCCUGUGUGUGUCCUUGCAGUAGUGGGCAGGGCGGAGUGAGCACAUUCAGGCCACAGCUCAGUGUACCUUGAGAAGCCUGAGGAUAGACAGUUGUGUUCUGUGGGACAGAUUGUUUAGAAAACAGGUUUAGACAAGUUUUUUUUCUUAAAAACAUUUAAAAAAGCAACAUGAUGAUAUGGGCUUGACUUGAACCUUCCUAGCCCAGGGUAUUCAAACUGCAGGUGGAGAUUUAGAUUUAUGUUUUUCCUCCCUACCUGCUGUGCCUAGGGUGUGGUAUCUCAGAAUAGCAGGCAGCCUUACACACCUGAGCCUUUCUUCUGCAGUGCAGUUGGGAGAGUGAGGAUCUGUUUCAUCCUUAACUCUGAAUUUUGUGGGGCUUUAGUAGCUUUAAACCAGCCCUGUAACUUUGUACUGUAGUGUUUGUGUGAGUGGAACAAAAUCUAACUUUUCCCUGUGGGAUUGCAGGUGGAAGCAAGUGGAAUGCCAAAGCAAAUGCUUAUGUUCAUUUUUGGUGCCUUUUUGUUGUGGUUUGAUCACAAGUCUGUUGGAAGAAGCUUCUGUUUUAAGGAACUUCUGUUUCCUCUUUUAAAUCUAACUCCUGGAGGAGACGGUCCCUAAUCCAGGCAUUUACCCCUCUAACAGCAGGGGGCAUUGUCUUACUGUCCUGUGAUUCAUGCUCUGGAACGUUCUAGCUGAAGUACAGCGCUACUUGUGAAUAUCCUUGGAUACAGUUUCUGGAUGCGAUAGAGGAACUGGCAGGCUCCUUCAGGUUUGUUCUCGCCAAAGAAACCUCCAGAGGGAUGGAGAGCUCCCAGGAAACAUUGUGUCCAUCUGUCCAUUGUUUUCAGGGGCUUGGUGAAAGUUGCAGUCGGAUUUUGGGUAGGAGCGUGGCUUCAAUCCUGCUUCUGUAUCAGUAGCGUAGUUUAUGGCAUGAUGUCAACCCCAUCCCACAUCAGGAACUUGCUAGCAAAGGGCUUCCCCUAGAUUGGCCAUUGUGGCAGGGAUUCUAAACCAAGAGCAGAAUACAGUACUUCAUCCCUGGCUUUGCUGUGGUUGAAACUGGACUAGCAGCAACCAUGAGAAACAUAGUCCAGUUUCAGCUGUAGCCCGCACAGUCCCUUGGGAAAGAGAGAGAACUACUGGAGUCUGCAUGGCUCUCGAUGUGUAACAGAUUCUGAGAAAGUGGUUUGGGACAAAACUUAUCUUAAACUCCUGCUAGUAGCAGAUGCUCUGCGGCAUCUAUCUGCUCCUUGUGCCCAUUAGGGCAGGAGAGAGACCUGCUUAGUGGGAAUCCCAGGGAAAGCAGGGUCUGGAAUCUCAGAAUCAAUUCCACUAUCUGGCUCUGCUACAUCUCCAUGACAAAUGCAUGCCAAGGUCUAAUGGGACUAGGUUUGGGGUUUUUUUUUCACACUUGCCUCUGUUUCCACCAGUUUUUCUCCGGUGAUUAAUUCUAAAUAAGCUUAGGCAUGGAUUCUUGAGGAGGGAAUAUAUAAUGUGGGUUGGAACUGAGAACUCCUCCCAGGAAAGGAUGGAGCUUAAUAAAUAGGCCCCAAGUUCCUGAUCUUGAUGUAACGGUUAGGGGAUGCUUCAGACCCACGAAACUUGUGAUUAUUUCACGUCAGAUCUGAACAGACUCAUCCCAAGGAUAUGGUAGCAGGUGUACUUCUGGCAUUGGUCUGUGAGGAGGAGAAGGUUGCAGCCAGGGUUCUGUCUUCCUGGACUCUGGCUUACUCAGAGUUUAUAGCUGUAUAUUAAAGAACUAUUUCUGAAGAGAUCAGGGAAAUGCCCUGGGGUGCUCUGUGCCUGGUCUAGUCAAUACAACUCUCAUUGCUGACAUUGGUUUUUAUACUCUUCCCCCCCCCCCCAAAAAAAAAAGUGUUUUGUUUAAAAAAAAAAAAUAUACAGAAGUGCUUUCUUCCCUCCCAGAGAGAGUGCUGUCUGCUCAGGAAAUGUGAAUAAUCCAUAGCAAACAGCAAAGGCUCAAGAGGCUGUGUGGUAGAGAUUUAUCCCAGGGAAAGUGGGGAAACAGCAACUCAGACAGGUGUCAAGAGCAGUUUGUAACAAGUCUUGUUUAACCAGAAAUUCUGCUUAAUGUGUGUGAAUCUAGGAAAUGCAAAAUCUUUGAGCCAUAGUUAUUUUUUAUUCAUGUGUGUUAGGGGUGUGCUUAUGUGUUCUGUCACAGUGAUUCGGUUUUAAUCCAAGCAUGUUCUGUCAGGAUGUUGGAGUGAGUAAAACACCCGCUAGAGGCUUGUUGGUAAACUUGGCCCUGUGCUGCUCCUGGGGACUUCUUGCACUCAAGCGCUUCCUGCUUAAGAAACUAACAAGUCUGUAAGGUGGCUCCAGGCUGCAUGAAACAAAAGUAGAGUUCUCAGGGUCUUCAGAGCAGUAGCCUGGAUUGCCCAAGGCUUUAGCCCAAUUACAGUGACAAUAUUUGGGUCCCAUCUGCACAGCAAAUCUUAACUGCGUUGUAAGUGGGUCCUAUGACUUGGAUAUGGUUGUGUAGACAAGGCCUGAAUGAGCUGCUUGCAUGUCCCUCCUUGCUAGGGGAACAUUGGCUUCUUGCAGUCAGCUGAUUUGUUGAGUAUUAAGAAUCACGCAGUUGCAAACUCUACUCAAGGCUGCGAGACUCAAAUGACCAUGAAGGAUAUAGCAAUAUGGGGAGAAAUAUCUAUUUCUUUUGGGGUAAUUCUUCGUCUGUAUUAGUAAUCAGUACUAAAGGAUUUUGAAGGAGGAUUUUUUUUUUUUACUGUCCAUUGCUUUGGGUUAUAACAACUUGCGGUGACUGUUUGUUUGUAUCAAUCUUCGGCACUGGGUUAAAAGCACAGAUGUCUAUUUCUGAUUAGACUGGCUUUGCAAAGACUUGUUCUUUUGGGGAAAAGAGCUGGGUGUAUGGGUGGGUUAUUUUAUUUUUGGUACAUGUAGCUGUUUAUUUUUUAAUUUUCCCAGGAUGUUUGGUUGAGGGAAUGUUCUGAAAUUUACUGCCUGGCAGUUUUAACCAGCAGUGUAUUAAAGGAAAAUAAACAAAAUUAUAUUGUCA